UGAAGUCAACCGUUCCCGGCCUUCUCCUCUUCUUCGAAAUCAUCGCAGUUAGUACAAGCGGAAUUGUUAUCGUUCGAUCAACGAAAACCGCAGCCAAAAACCCGUGAACAUGUCGCCUCAGCAGAGCUACGAAAAAUCUCCCUCCGCCGACGUCGGCGCUGAAAGUCAGAAUGAUUCCCGUAUGGUCCAAUCAGACAUCAGGGCAGGAUCCUGGAUGGCUUCAUGCCCUGAGUCAAGCCAUCAUGAAUCUGGAUGGUCGCCUGCCCAGGCGAUGCACGCGCUCCCGGGCUCGACAUCAGCGGGACGGCAGCCAGCACCAUGCCAGCGAGGCCGUCCGGCACGUGUUUCCUCGGUUGGAUAUCUUGGUUAUGACUCGAAGUCUCUUCAGUCCAAUGCCCAGGACAUCAACCAACCACCCGAAGAUCUGGCAAAGGCACGUGAGCGUUCAACACUGGAAGACAUCAAUGUGGUUCCUCAGCCUAGCAAAGGCAGCACCAGAGAGGAUGAACAGCCAGAAGCUGGUUCCGGGCAUGGCUUCGCCGAGGUUUGUACCAGACUCCCGUUCAAGCGGCAGACCUGUGGGUUGUAGACUGCUAACAAGCACUGCUCGCGACCAGAUCCUCAACAAAGUGAUGAUCGACAAUUCCGACCGCUUGAUCGCCUUGCUGAAGAAGGAGCUGGACCGACAAAACGGCGUGGCCGAAGAGGCUUGCGAGCUUCAGCAUACGAGACCCACUGGCAUCAAGCCCAAGGACACCGAAAGCCAAGCCACCGAGACUAGUGAAACUAGAAGAGGCGAUGACCUUCAGAAUCUGGGUGCCACGGGAAACGGGGCUCAGGCUGGUGACGAUCUCGAAGGGCUUGAUCACGGGUCCGGAAGCACCAAGUCGGAAAAGAGGAACACAGAGUGUCGGCUGUGAUCUAGCACGGUUCCGGAUUGAUGACACCCAAGGCAGGGAAGCCAUCGUCUUCUGGGAGUCCAAGUACUUUCGAAUCCAGGAGGGGGUGGAGAACCGAA